AGUUAUAAACCGUGAGUAUAUGUGGGUUCUUGUUUUUCUGUUAUCUGAUCUUUACAUGAACAUUUUGAUCUUUAAUUAUGUCAGUUAGGCUUUAAGAAUUUUCUUGGAUGUUGAACAGAAGAUAAUUAAAUAUGGACAUGCGUGUAGUGUGUAAUGCGAGACACAGAGGAGGAAGCCGGAGUGAAAGCAAACAGAGUUUAUUUGCCAAAAAUACGGAAGUAGAGUAAUCCGGUGGUGCGCGGUAGAAGCAAGGCCCACAAAGGUCCAGAGUUAUGGGAAGAAAGGCAGUCGGUGUAAUAUCCAGGGGAGCGCUUAGGAGAAGCACGAAGCUGAACACAAACACGGGAGUGUCGAGGAAUGAGCAGCCAAGCCAUGGAUAUGUUUGUCUUCCUCAUAUAUUAAACACCUCUCAUUUGAAGCUAUCCUGCGAACGGGUCUGUCUCCUAUCCUUCCUAUCCUGUCUCCGGGGUCUGACAGAAUGAAUCCGCCUAAAGACCAUGCAGACCCAGCAGGAUAGCUUCCAGCUCGGACAGGCUUUUUUUUCCUUUCCCCCUGGACUGUUCCGUCAGUCCUUCUGGCCCUUUUUCCGAUGACAUCGCUUCCGGUGAGGGACGCCGCUCCGUUCCCGGGUCAACCGAGGAGGACGACGCCUCACUACAUUUGCGGAGGAUUUCACCUUCCUAGUGGGGUCCCUUUUUUAUUUAUUUUUUUGGUGCCCUGUGGCAUCGCCCCGCAUCUCUCCGGUGAAGGAUGCUGCUCCGUUUCCAGUUUCUCCGAGGAGGACGUCGCUUUACUUCUUCCGCGGGGGGUGUUGCAGGCCCGAGGCAGGGGCUCUUUCCCGCCCUCCCGCCCUUUUCCCAGCUCGUCGAGGGUUUGGCCGCGGUGCAUUGGGGAAUGCUGCUCGUCCCUUCAGCUUGGAUGCGGACAUCGCCUCGGCCCUUCAGCUCGGCUGUGGACGUCGCUCGGCCCUCUCCGGCUGCGCCGCCGUGUGCCCUACUCUCCCCACCUACCUCACAGUUUGCCUUGGAAACCCCUCCCCCCCGGACCUUGCCGGGUUUUGGCGCUUCGGGAGCCGCGCCUUAAGGGGGGGUUCUGUCAGUGAUCAGCGCGGAUCUGUCAGGGAUCAGCGCGGACUUUUGGCCAUAAUUAAUUGUAUAAAAUGGAAAAUGAGCAUUCCGGACCAAGUUCACCUCCAGAUCCCAAACUUGAAUUUGAUCGUCCAUGGAGGAAAAUGGCUUGGGGAGAAAAGGACAAAAUUGAACAGAAACUGAGGACAUUCAGGCUCAAGAGAACAAGUGCUCAGUUCAUCAGGAUUCUGGUUGUUAGUGAUGUCGGAGCAGGAAAGUCCAGUUUUAUAAACUCAGUCAAUAAUGCUUUCCAAGGAACGAAUCACCUCUGGGGCUCUGGUUGACGGGACAGGAGGUACCAGAUUCACAAAGAACGCAAGCAUUUUCUAAAGUUUAAAUUCUACUUCAGUACAAAACUCAUUAUAUUGAAGCAGAGGAUGGCUCCAGUUUGCCUUUUGUCUUUAAUGAUACCAUGGGACUUGAGGACAGAGAGUCUGGUGCAAAUGCAGACGACAUCAUCAGAGCCAUAUACGGCUUACUUCCGGAAGGACACAAUUUUGAUACUGUGACCUCCACAGAGGACGAGUUCAUUUGCAUGGGCUUUCAUAGUACAGUGCCGUUUGAUACACGUGCGAGGGACGUUAACUACAGAAGCAACCCAAAUGUCGAGGAUCAAACCACAUGCCUGGUCAACAUUAUUGCUGCAGACAAAAUAUCAAUCAUGAAUAAUGGGGUCAUUGAUAAGCUGAAAAAAAUCCGUCAGGCUGCUACCGAACGGAAUAUGCCUCAAGUAAUCAUCAUGACAAGACCAGAUUCAGCAUGUCCACUGGUUCAACAGGACUUAAGGAAGAUCUACACCAGCAAGAAGAUCAAGGAGAAGAUGGAAGUGUGUAGUAAUACACUGGGGAUUCCUAUGAAUUACAUUUUCCCUGUGAAGAACUACCAUGAGGAGAUAGACACAGAUGAUGACAUGGAUCUUCUGAUUCUCCAUCCACUUAAUCAGAUUGUGCUCAUGGCUGCAGACUGUUUGAACGAAAAAUCAUUUAAAUCUGUUGAAAAAACUGAGUAGGGACUGAGUAAGGAGUGUAUAAUGCCUCUGUGUAUAAAUGUAGCCCAAAGUGAUUUACACAGCAUUUAAAAUACACAAUAAAAGACAUGAUUACCUUUUAUUGGAGAAUAGAAAGAAGUGUGUUGCUAAAAUAAGUGUAACACUGUUUUCUGUAUUUAUGGAGCACAUUAGAUUAUUUUACUUUAGUUACAGUUACUGAUUAAAUAAACCCUAAAAAGUGAGGAAUUCUAUGUAAAUGUUAAUCUUAUUAAUAAA